UGCCACACACACACAAACACACAAACCUCUGCAGGCACAACAAGGUUAAUAUUGUCUCACUGCAGCUCACAGCUGACAUGGCUUUCAGGACAGUGCAAGCUACUCUAAGUCUUCUGUCACUCUUCCUCUUCUUAAACAUCCUCACAGAUAAUGUGGCUGUUGCGAUGUCCAUUCGAGAAAAAUGUGAGUGUGUCAAAGAGACUGGUUUUGUGCAUUGGAGACGAAUCACUGACUUUGAAAUCAAAAUGGCAGACGCUCUUUGCAAUAAAGUUCAAAUUAUCAUCAAACUGGGAAAUAAAUUGUCCUGCCUGAACCCAGAUUCCAAUCAAGGCAAGAAACUGAGGAUGUGCUGGACAUGGAUUAAGUUCAAUGAAAGAAAGAAGAUCGUCUGCAUGCAACCAAAAGCCAAAAACAGAGGAAAAGGAAGACAGAAGAAAAGGCAGAAGAAGCAGUAACUGCUGGCAAGGAAUAUAUAUAUAUACUACACAAAGAACCUUGCUUUCAACAUACAAGUAACGCACACUAUAUAUGUAGCCCUUUGUCUGCUGCUAAGACACUUUGUACUGCUAUUUUCUAAUGCAUAGAACUGUUUUAUACUCAUUUUGUAAUGUUUUUAUACAAUAAAUUACUAAUCAAUACAUUUUAGAAUGACCUGAAAUGCAGAAAAAGUGCACAGGAGUAAGAGAUGGAGAAGAAGAAAAGAAGAAGACAAAGAAGAAUAAUGCAGUAACUCAUUACUGUUCAUGUCUGAAUUUUUAUAUGAAUUUCUGAAUGUACAUGAAUGUAUAUGGAUUCAUAUUCAUUUCUGAAUAUGUUCUUUGAGCUUGUCUGAAACAAAUCUGAAAAAGAAAACCUGAUGCUGUGAAGCAUUUUUUUCUCCACUCCUAAUGGUUACUGCUAGUACUUUUCUCAAAUGUACUGUCUGAAUUAAAUCCAGUGGCAAAAGUCAAA